AUGGCUAAGAAAAGUAAAGAUACCGCAGCUGCUGCUAAGAAAGAACCAAAAGUAAAAGCUCCUGUGGAUCCGGUCAAGACUAAAAAUCUAGUUCGUUUAUUAGAUAUUCUUGCUUUAUUAUUAGCUAUAGCUGCUUUUCUACUUCAAUUAUUUGCUGUCAUUUCUCAUCAUUGGAAAUGGCAAAAAACAGAUCUUCAUUCAAUACUAUCAUCAAAUCUUCCGCAUUCUUCACAAAAGAUUUACGAAGAUAGUCGACUUGAUCAAAAUUAUGGUUUAUAUUCACGUGAAGUUAAAGUUUAUGGUAAUAAUGAUGAACAAAUUGAUUCUUGGGCAAGUACACGUUUUCCAAGACUUGAUGGAGGUGAAGAUCAUUUACAUCAAUGUUUAUCUCACACAUCAAGUCUUCGUAGUGCAUUCCUUACUUGUUCCCAAUAUGUUAGUUCACCAGAAGAAUGUCAUUGCCGACGACAUGGCUAUUGGAAUUUCGUUAUUUUCUUUGAAAUUCUUGCAUUAAUUUUACUUGGUAUUGUUGUAUUUCUUACAGCUUUACUUCCAACACAAUUUCGUCUUUUACUUAAAUUAGCGGCUGCUGGUUUAGCAUUAUUUGCUUUUCUUGUUUUAUUAAUUGGCCUUAUAUUAAUUCUAAGUUAUCGUAAACGUGAAACACAAUCGUUUGCUGAUAUAUUUCCACAUAUAUAUCAACGACUCGUUCAUACACUUGGUUAUGGUCAUAAUACACAACAACUUUCACGACGUAGUCCAACUGUACUUCGUCAAGCUAUUCGUCGUCAAACAAAGGAAACUUAUCGAGCAUAUGCUUUACCAACUAAUGGAUAUCCAUAUAAUCAAACACAUUAUCAAAUAUUUUCACAACAAGAAUUUAAAUGGGUUUAUAGACCAUAUUCAGGUUUUGUUCAACCUCUUACUUAUGAAACAUCACCAAAAAGUCCAGUUAUUAUUACAGUUAAUCCACCAAUUGAAGCGACUGAUGCAUCACAUAUAACUGGACAUAAUCAAUUACUUGGUUAUGAUGGAGUUUUUGAAAAUACAGAUGCUGGUAUUGGUUGGUCAACUGUUUUAUCAAUUCUUGCUAUGAUUGUUGCAUUACUUUUAUCAUUAAUUCUAAUUUUUUCAUGGCUUACAAAUAAAAAAUUAGGACCCGAGACAAAAACCACAACAGUCACAAAAACUGUUGAAACCAAAUAUGUAGCUAUACCACAACAAGAAAUUACUGCUGAAACAGUACCAUUACGACCAAUUCCUACUGAUUAUGAUCCUCGUCGUCCAAUUGGAGAAGCUGUUGUAACAGCACAGAAUAUACCACAAGGACCUUAUGAUAGUCAUGGUGGACGACCUGAACAUGUUAUUGUACGUGAUGUUAUUAUUCGUGAUGAUCAACCAAUAGUACAGGGUACUCAAGAACAUGCAUUUCCGGUUCGUGUCGAAACAACUCAAACAACAUAUCGCACUUAA